UUUGCCCCUUCCCCAAGUUUCCAGACAAUAUUUCUUUUCAGGAGCCGUGUGUGAAAUUCGCGGGAGAAUAAUCCUUGAUCGUUGUACCAUCCUGGCUCAGUGCUCAUUUCGUUGUUAAUGGCAACCCGAAGAAAUUUAAGACUAAGCAAACCCGCUUAUGCUGUCAUAAACGCGUCUAGGACCUCUCACAAUUCUCCUUAUCAUUCUCGCUCCGCACUUGGUCCCCGUGAACGUGUUUUAUCAGGCUGCCCUUCUACUUUAGCAAAGUCAAAUGCUCAGAAUUUCUUGUCUCAGGCUCAGAUCACCGAUAGAGCUGCACAGACUAAUGCAGCCUCUGCCCAGUUUCUAACUUACUCUUUCACCCGCCAGUUCCACUCUUCUAAUCCCUCGUACCGCUCCGCUGCCACAACUCAGAUUACCCCAGCAGAGUUCACAGAGCUUGCAUGGGAGGGUAUUAUUGGUGCUAUUGAUGCUGCACGAGGUAGCAAACAACAAGUUGUGGAGUCUGAGCAUCUAAUGAAAGCCUUAUUGGAGCAAAAAGAUGGUCUAGCCCGACGAAUAUUUACCAAGGCAGAACUGGACAACACAUCAGUUUUGCAGGCUACAGACGACUUCAUAUCUCAGCAACCAAAGGUAACAGGUGACACAAGUGGACCAGUGAUGGGUUCAUACCUUGUUUCUCUCUUGGAAAAUGCAAGAAAGCACAGGAAAGAAAUGAAGGAUGAAUAUGUUUCUGUUGAGCAUUUUUUGUUGGCAUUUCUAUCGGAUAAGAGGUUUGGGCAACAAUUAUUCAAGAACCUUAACAUUAGUGAGAAAAGUUUGAAAGAUGCUAUCCAGGCUGUUCGUGGAAGUCAAAGAGUGACUGACCAAAAUCCUGAGGGAAAAUAUGAGGCGCUAGACAAAUAUGGAAAUGACUUGACUGAACUUGCUAGGCGUGGCAAACUUGAUCCUGUCAUAGGUCGAGAUGAUGAAAUUCGGCGUUGUAUUCAGAUACUGUCAAGAAGAACAAAAAAUAACCCUGUAAUUAUCGGCGAACCUGGUGUUGGGAAAACUGCAAUUGCUGAAGGAUUAGCUCAAAGGAUAGUGCGUGGAGAUGUUCCUGAACCAUUGUUGAACCGAAAGUUGAUCUCCCUUGAUAUGGGUUCAUUGGUUGCUGGUGCCAAGUUUCGUGGAGACUUUGAGGAAAGGUUGAAAGCUGUUCUUAAGGAAGUUACGGCUUCAAAUGGGCAAAUAAUUUUAUUUAUUGAUGAGAUUCAUACUGUUGUUGGUGCAGGGGCUACAAGUGGUGCAAUGGAUGCUGGAAACUUAUUGAAGCCGAUGCUUGGGCGAGGCGAACUUCGAUGUAUUGGAGCAACUACACUAAAUGAAUACAGAAAGUACAUUGAGAAGGAUCCUGCACUCGAGCGUAGGUUUCAACAAGUGUUCUGUGGCCAACCCUCUGUUGGAGACACCAUAUCCAUUCUUCGUGGUUUACGUGAACGUUAUGAGUUGCAUCAUGGGGUAAAAAUAUCAGAUAGCGCACUUGUAUCAGCGGCCAUUCUUGCAGAUAGAUAUAUAACAGAGCGUUUUCUGCCUGACAAAGCCAUUGAUCUUGUUGAUGAAGCUGCUGCAAAGCUAAAGAUGGAGAUUACAUCAAAGCCAAUUGAGUUGGAUGAGAUAGAUAGAGCUAUCCUUAAGUUGGAGAUGGAAAAAUUGUCUCUGAAAAAUGACACUGAUAAAGCAUCCAAAGAAAGAUUAAGUAAGCUUGAAAAUGAUUUGAGUUCACUUAAACAGAAGCAAAGAGAAUUAGCAGAACAAUGGGAUCGUGAAAAGGCCUUGAUGAAUCGUAUAAGAUCAAUUAAAGAAGAGAUUGAUAGAGUUAACCUAGAGAUGGAUGCUGCCUGGCGUGAGCAAGAUCUUAAUCGAGCUGCAGAGCUUAAAUAUGGAACUCUAGUAUCCCUUCAGCGCCAAUUAGAGCAAUCUGAAAAGAAUCUAGCAGACUUCCAAAAUUCUGGACAAUCCUUGCUUCGGGAAGAGGUCACUGAUCUUGAUAUUGCUGAGAUUGUGAGUAAAUGGACUGGCAUACCAUUAUCAAACCUCCAGCAGACAGAGAGAGAAAAGUUGGUCUCGUUGGAACAAGUUCUGCAUAAGAGGGUAGUUGGACAGGAUAUUGCUGUAAAAUCUGUGGCUGACGCCAUCAGACGUUCGAGGGCAGGUUUGUCUGACCCAAAUCGUCCAAUUGCAAGCUUCAUGUUCAUGGGUCCAACUGGUGUUGGCAAAACUGAGCUUGCAAAAGCUUUGGCUGGUUACCUCUUUAACACAGAAAAUGCUCUUAUUAGAAUUGAUAUGAGUGAGUAUAUGGAGAAACAUGCAGUUUCACGUUUGGUUGGGGCUCCCCCUGGUUAUGUUGGUUAUGAAGAAGGUGGACAGCUAACUGAAGUUGUUCGUAGAAGGCCUUAUUCAGUGGUACUUUUUGACGAAAUAGAGAAGGCUCAUCAUGAUGUCUUCAACAUUUUGUUGCAAUUGUUGGAUGAUGGAAGGAUUACUGAUUCCCAAGGAAGAACUGUUAGCUUCACAAAUUGUGUUGUGAUAAUGACUUCGAACAUUGGGUCUCAUUAUAUACUUGAAACUCUUCGGAGUACAAAAGGUGACAGAAAUGCUUUUUAUGAUCAGAUGAAAAGACAGGUCAUUGAGUUGGCUCGGCAAACAUUCCGUCCUGAGUUCAUGAAUCGUAUUGAUGAAUAUAUUGUUUUUCAGCCUUUGGAUUCCCAGCAGAUCAGCAAAAUAGUUGAGCUUCAGAUGGAACGGGUCAAGGACAGGCUCAAGCAAAAGAAAAUAGAUCUUCAUUACACAAAAGAAGCUACGGAACUUCUGAGUGUAUUGGGUUUUGAUCCAAAUUUUGGAGCAAGACCAGUCAAAAGAGUUAUACAGCAGUUGGUUGAGAAUGAAAUUGCAAUGGGAGUUCUAAGGGGAGAUUUUAAAGAAGAGGACUCCAUUGUUGUGGAUGCCGAUGUGACUCUGACUGCCGCUGACCUACCGCCCCAAAAGAAACUGCUUAUCAAGAAAUUGGAGAACCCUACUGCGGAUGCUAUGGUUGCAAAUGAUUAGUGUUUCCCCCUCUGAGCCCCUUGCUCCCAUGUUUAUGACUAACAAAAUUGUGAUCAAGGAAUUUUGGGACUGGGAUAAGCCCAAAGAUUAAAGUGUACUAAGAUAAGGAUUUUAGUUUUCAGGCUUAUUAAAGGUCUGUUUGUUUGUCCGUCUAAUUUUAAGUUUUGUUUUAUCAUUAUUUGGAAAUAGAACUUUAAAUUUGUUAGGUUGAUAAUGCUCCUUUAAAAAUUAAUAUAUCAAUAGGUACACCACAAGUUAUAGCAAAAUAAGCUAUUUAUGUGCUA